AUGUCGAACCCUUAUUCCGCAUUGACUAAGUCCGGAUCGCCGGCUACCGUACAAGACAUUGACGCGGCAGCACGGCGACCCGUCACCGGCCGCCGGCGCGAGAAAGCCCAGCUGUCGUGCAACCUCUGCCGGCGUCGCAAGUCGCGAUGUGACCGCAAGCAGCCAUGCUCUAUUUGCUCAGCACGAGGUCUUGUAUGCACGUAUGCGGAUAGCAAAGCAGCACAUAGAUUGAUGCCCAAACCACCGCCCACCGCAAUGCCCAGUAUGCACGAUCGCCUCGUCCAGCUAGAGCGCCUGGUGCUCUCGCUGAAGUCGGGGUCGGACCCGGUCAAGAGUUCCAUAUCAACCCCAUCCUCCGGACCGAUAGGCGGCGUUGAGCCAUCAGAUGCACCAGGCUCACAAGCAUCCCUGCCGACAGAUACGCGGUCUGAGUGCGGGAGCAUGUUCAUUACCUCCUCGGAGUUCCGUUAUGUCGGAGGCGACCACUGGGUCGCCAUCCUGGAUAGUAUAGCCGACCUCAAAGCCCAACUCGACAGGGACGAGCACCUCAGGCUAUCAGAUGAGGAUGAUAGCCACACUAACGACAUUGGCAAUGCCCAAUCGCGCCAUGCGCUCCUACUCUACGGAAAUGGACAGUCGGCUUCGCGCGUCGAGAUUCUCACAGCGCUACCGCCAAAGACUGCGGUGGACCGCUACAUCUCCCGAUAUUUUAACCGCUUGGAUUCGGUUGCUGUGUCCGUUCAUGGACCUAGCUUUCUUCGAGAGUACGAAGCUUUCUGGGACGACCCAACCCACGUGCCGAUAGCCUGGAUCGGUCUCCUGUUCGGCAUGAUUUGCCUCGCCAUAAUGAUCUCGGACUGUACCGACCCACAAGACACCUCUGAACAGACCUUGCAAGUAGACCUCUACCGCGAGAAGAUCGUCCAAUGCCUCUUCACGGCCGAAUAUACCAGCCCAGGCCCUUACGUGCUCGAGACGACGUGCCACUACGUCUACAUCGAGUUCGUCCUCCACGCCGACGCGAACAAGGACGUCUGGCUCCUGCUCUCCCUCGCCGUCAACCUGGCCAAGCGCAUGGGUUACCACCGUGAUCCCGCCCACUUCCCGGGCAUAUCUCCCCUGCAGGCCGAGCUGCGCCGCCGGCUGUGGAGCACAGUGCUGAUGAGCGACGUGCUCGUGUCAAGCCAGAUGGGCAUGCCGCGCAUGGUUUCAGACUUGCAGUAUGAUGCCGCUGAGCCGCGGAACCUGAAAGAUAAUGACUUGGACGGGCUUACGGACAAUGCCGAGCUGCCACCGGCAAGGCCAGAGACAGAGUACACGCCUACCCUGAACCUCAUCGCACGGAGACGGGUGUCAAUUGCCCUCGGCGCCGUGCUGGACCUCACCACAGCCGUCAAGCCGUGCACUCACGCCGAAGUUAUGCGUGCCGACGGCAUCCUUCAUGCCGCAGCGGCGCAGAUUCCGCUGCCGCUGAAGCCGAAGUCUAUAGCCGCCAGCGUGACCGAGCCGCCGCAACAGAUCUUUGCACGCCUUUUCCUCCAGCACUUGCUGUACAAAGGGCAGAUCAUAUUGCACCGGCGGUUUCUUUUCGCCCGUGACGUCCAAACCUCAGACGACUUGUCUUACUCACGAAAGUCUUGCCUCGACGCGGCCCUCGGCACGCUCGAGAUACAGCACCUGCUCGACGAGGAGACGCAGCCCGCCGGGGUGCUCUACGCCAUGCGCCGGCGCGUGACGAGCAGCAUGAACCACCUCUUUCUUACAGCCACGGUGAUUCUGUGCUCGCUGCUGGACAGACGGCAGAUGUUGGGGAGGGAAGAGGACAUGCUGGCCGCGUUGAGGAGGGCUAGGGCGAUCUGGGUCAGGAAGAGCGACGGGUCAAGAGAGGCGAAGAAGGCGGCUGAGACGGUGAGUAUCGUGCUCGCAAGGGUUGGGGAGGGUGGUGCUGCAGACGAGGAUGAUGGCGACGCUGCGAUACUUGACCUUGGGAGCGAUUUCAGUACUGGUCCGGGUGCGCAUGGCAUGUUUCGCGAAACCGUGGAGCCUGCACUUCUGGGGACACUCGACCAGCAGAGCCAAAAUCUCGCUUUCAGUAUGACUGAUGUGGACAUGGGCGCGGAACUGGAUGAUUGGAUGUUUAUGAAUGCGCCUGGCACGAAUUGGCAGUAG